ACGACAGCCAGCUCCCAUCUCACGAACACGGCCACGACACUUUCCCUCGCAAUCAUUGGGCGCAGCGCAUAUCUCCGAAUUCGAAGCGACACAUUGGCUGUGCUCUGCCAUCCGACAAUCCUCGAGUAGACGCGACCCCUGCCACGGCGUAACGUUUGCGCGACCACGCCGCCAUGGAUCAAGUCAACCUUCCUCACGGCCAGCAACGCAAUCGCCAGGCCCCUGCUGCUCCGCGUCGAUACGACGGGCAAGCUGGUAACCCUCUUUACAGCGAGAAGGAGCACGGCGGUCAUUAUGGCGCUGCAGCUUCAAUUGCCGCGCAAGGCCAUGCGCCUGACCCACAGCUGUUCACCGGCUCGUGGGGGAAUGUAAAUCAAGGUCUCACGGGCAACUAUCGCGACAUCCUUAACACGUAUUGGCAGCAACAAGUCACGAAACUCGAGACGGACGACCAUGACUACAAGAUCCACCAACUCCCGCUUGCUCGUAUCAAGAAGGUGAUGAAGGCAGACCCUGAAGUUAAGAUGAUCUCGGCUGAAGCACCCAUCCUGUUUGCGAAAGGAUGCGACAUAUUCAUCACAGAGCUCACGAUGCGCGCCUGGAUCCACGCCGAGGAAAACAAGCGACGUACUCUCCAGCGCUCCGACAUUGCCUCGGCGCUGUCCAAGUCUGACAUGUUCGACUUUCUGAUCGACAUCGUCCCCCGCGAAGAAGCGCACCCUCACAAGAGGAGCGCAGGCAAUGCAGCAGUUCAGUCGUCCGCGGCAGUUCCUCCCGGUGGCAUGCCUCCAUCCGUGCAUGCGCAACAUCAAAUGCCUCCUCCAGAUUACGGUAUGGGCCAGCAUAUGACGCAGCAAGAAGACUUCCGACAGCCCGGCAUGUAUGCGCCUCCCGUGCAGAGCGACCCAGGCCCAUACGCGCAACAGCAGAUGUUCGAUCCUGCCGUCUACGGAGCAUACCCAAUGGCUCAACAGCCGCAGAUGUACCCUGUCGGUCAACGAGGGCCUGAUCAUACUGGCGCCGGUGAUCCGAAUCAAGGCUACCGGCACGACACUGAAGCAGACGCUGAUGCGGAAGGCGAGCGGGAAGACUUUGGCCCAUGAUCUCAGCUGAUCGGACAUGGACAAGCGGGCGAACGCUAUACUACAUCGUUUGCAACGGUUAAGGGGAGUCACUCAUGACGGGUGUUUGCCGAGGUGAAGUACUCGGGGCUGUUCUUUAGGUUGUGUUCGGUGGGCGUUUUGGUUACGGUUGUAGGUGUAGGCUCAGGACGAGCUGCCUGCAGGGCUACGGCUACGGUGUUUGGGUCAGCGGGUGCGGCCGCGGAAUAGUUGAACGGAUGCGCGGCGUCAUCGGGUAUAUAGCAAUCAAGCAGCAACUUGACACGCCCAUUGCCUUGGUCCUGUUUCAC